AUGGCCGAGAAUGAGCCAUUUGUUGUGCAGUUCUUGAAUGACCUCAAUUGUGGCCAGUACAUCGACAAGUUCAAGUCUUGGAACCUCAUAUCUGAAAAUGUGAUGGCACAUCUAGACAAAGAGAUUCUGAUCGAAGUGGGUGUAAAGAAAAUCGGCGAUCGUAUAAGGAUCCUCAAAAGGUCCCAAACGCUGCGUGGAAACAAGUCCCGGUCUCCUGUGGAAGCCCGUGAACUAUUGCAGAAAUUCCAAGCUCUCAGCCUCACGCAACUAACUACUUCAGAAGAAUUGGUAACAGACAAGCAUUCGGCGAUUUUCAUCCUCAACGAUGGAUCGGCCAAGAAAGUCAACGUCAAUGGCUGUUUCAACGCAGAUUCCAUCAAGAAAAAGCUGAUAAAGAAACUUCCAAGCGAGUUUAUCGCUUGCACUCCACAGGGCGAAGAAACACGCAAUUCGCAAGACUACGAUGUUUUCGUAGUAGAUUAUACCAAAAACGUCCUGCAUUUGCUUUAUGACGUGGAAUUGGUCACCAUCUGUCAUUCGACAGAUCGCGUGGAGAAAAAUAGGCUCAUUUUUGUUUCGAAAGACCAGACACCCAACGAAAGAGCCACGCUGACGUCCAAAAAACUUCAUCUGAAGACCCUGAGCGUUAUUAACCAACUCGGUUCUAUCUCCGGCUUCACAAAUGCAACUCCGAACUCGCGAGCUCGUUUCCACGCUGCAAGCACCUUGGCGUCAUACGGCGCCUCCCCGGUUCCGCAAGCUAAUCUGAGAAUCGAAAAUUCAAAGGAUAAUAUCAGACAAAUCUUCAAUCAGAGACCUCCAAGCGAGUUAAUCUCCACUAAUCUUGGCGAAUACUUUCCCCAUGCUGAUUCCAAAAGUCUACGGAAAACACUUAAAAAUUCAGUUCGCCAAUCAAUAAGGCUAAGCUCUAUCAACGGUUCAAGCGCACUUGUGAAUGGUAACAAUGUGGGCAACAUAUGGGUUAACAACUCCAACGCUGUUGGCAAAGCUCUUCUACAGAGCAUAGAUCCGACCACAUCCGCGGCUGACAAGACUGACGCUGCUGCAUCCACCCGUCGCGGCAGCGUUGAUGACGACACACUCAAUUUCAGUCCCACAGAGGCGUCUCGUGAGGAUUUGAGCUCUCGAAAGCCUAGCGGAAGCUCUGCAGAGUCCAAAUCGGCUCCUGCUAAACGCCCCGGCCUAAUUUCUCACAACGCGUACGGCGAUAAAGCACCACUCAGACAGAAAAAUACAGAUCGCAUAGAGCUUUUGCAAGUGCAAUCAGACUACGAAGAAGACGACGGAGACACGAUUUCUUUGCCCACCAAAGUCGCCACUCCCAAAAACUGGCUCAAGGGUGCCAGGAUUGGAGCUGGUAGCUUUGGUAGCGUAUACCUAGGAAUGAACGCUCAGACUGGUGAAUUGAUGGCCGUAAAACAGGUGGAACUUCAGCCGGCUGCGGUUACGGCAGGUGUCAUGUCCGUGUCUGACGGUGUCAAAAAACAGUAUAAUCAAAAUGCAAGUACGGCAGCCGCGAAGAAUAGCUCUCAGGUACACAGGAAAAUGAUUGACGCGCUACAGCACGAAAUGGGGUUGCUUAAAGAAUUACAUCAUGACAAUAUCGUGACCUACUACGGCUCGUCUCAAGAAGGUGGAAACCUUAACAUUUUCCUGGAAUACGUACCUGGUGGGUCUGUUUCUUCGAUGCUCAACAACUACGGUCCGUUUGAAGAGCCUUUGAUCAAAAACUUCACACGCCAGAUCUUGAUCGGCUUGGCCUACCUGCACCGCAAGGACAUCAUUCACAGAGACAUUAAGGGUGCAAACAUUCUAAUAGACAUCAAAGGCUGUGUUAAGAUAACAGAUUUCGGUAUUUCCAAGAAACUUUCUCCCUUGAAUCAGCAGCAAAACAAAAGAGCGUCAUUACAGGGCUCGGUGUACUGGAUGGCUCCUGAAGUAGUUAAACAAGUGGUCACGACUGAGAAGGCCGAUAUCUGGUCCGUCGGGUGCGUCGUCAUCGAGAUGUUCACAGGCAAACACCCGUUCCCAGACUUUUCCCAGAUGCAGGCCAUUUUCAAGAUCGGCACCAAUACCUACCCAGAUUCGCCGUCCUGGGCUAGUGAUGAAGCCAAGAGCUUUCUGCGCGAGACUUUCGAACUGGACUACCGCAAGCGGCCCACCAGUAUCGAGCUUUUGCAACAUUCUUGGCAGGACACUUCUCUGAUGUAA